AUGUUCGUGAGAUUGUAUCCUUCCGAGAAACUGCUCUACAUACCUAUCGAAGCACGACGCAUCGAAGCCAUCAUCAACAAAUUCAGCACUACUCAGAACGAGACCGAGAAAGCUUCAGCCAAGAUGGCGUUGUCCCGCAAGUCGUUGGCCGGUCCUGGGUACAUCAUCCUAGGCGGCAUUCGCGUUAUGAACACCAUCGGGCUUCUGGCGGUCAUUGCAGCGAGCAUAGUGAUGCUCGUGAAGACAUCGGUGGCAUCGAAGUUCUUCUUCUUUGAUGCUAUCACACACGUUCUGACGGCGUUCACUGGCAUGUUCUUACUCGUUUCCGAAUGGCAAUUCGGACCCAUAGGUCGCUACUUCGCCCGCAACUGGCCGCUACUCAGCCCGUCUCACGGCUUCGUGUUCCUCGCGCUCACAAUGCAAGUGCUCGGCAUCAACAUGCUCGGCAACCUCAACAAGCCAGCCACAAGCAAGAAGUCUCUCGGCCUGGCCUUCUGGCGUAUCGUCAUCGCUGCCGGGAUUGUUAUCUUCAUACUCGGCUGGAUCAACUUGAUCGCAUCCUACGUCUUCCGCGACCGCAGCGCCGGCAUUACCGCACGCCAAGUACGCUCUCAUGGUGCGGUGGCCGCGUUGAAGAGCCCGAAGUCCAGCGCUUCAUUCACACCAUCAGCGCCCGAGCUUGCGCAGACGUACAUCCACCAAGAGACCGUGUCGCCAACGAAGACGCGCAGCCCAUUCCACUUCAUGACAUCGGAGCGCCGCCAGUCCACUCUGCCAUCGUACCACGCCUCCUCGCCUACCGCGGCGUCGCCACCAUAUCCCGCCACCAGAGAUCCUGUCUCGCCGACCAGCCGAUACUCACGCGCGACGAACUGCUGCCAAAAGGGUGUGAAGGGGCUGUUUGGUCGUGUCCGGGACAGCGUUGUUCCGCCGCUGCCAACCGCGGAGCCUGAGAUCACCGGGCCACUCAACAGAGAUGGGCGCUUCGACGGCUAUGGCAGCCCUAUUCGUCCGCCGAGCGCACUGCAUCCAAGCCGAUCCGGAGAGGGUGACACCCGUCGCUGGAGGGCUGGUGCGUAA